AUGAAUGAAUCUGGACAAGAAAUAUAUCACGACGAUACAGCAAGCAACAUGGUUGAUAAUGCACCAUCCACACCCAACAGCGAAGCAGCCAUGACCCAACCGCCCUCGACUCCAAACCCAGCAGAUGAACAACCACCCGACAACAACAAAAAAUUCACCCCUUAUGACCCAUAUCUAGCCCCAAAGAUUCCCUCUGGCCUACCUCCAGAACUCUGGCUCCUCAUCCACUCGGCCCCCGCAAACUUCGCACCUCAGUACUUUCUCGAAGUAACCCGCAACCUACUCGCCAAUCCAAAUCUAACCGCCUCUCAUCUUGCCCGCGCAGAACUCUCGUACCAGUCCUUCAACGACGCGACAUUUAAUCCCAAAGCGCAGACGUCUGAAGAACUCGCUGGUAUUGUGAAGCAUUUGCGGGCGGAAUGCCGGCCGAGGCUGCUUGAAGGUGGGGUGGAAGGGUAUGAGCUAGAGUAUACAGUUGUCCGAAAACUGGUGCCUAGGAAUCCGAAACUAGAUGAGUCGAUCAUGCAGACAUGUCAUUUGUUUGUAUCUGAGGCAGAUAUCGCGGUGAAGAGUGAGGAACAGGAAGAGACAGUCAAGGCAGAAAGGUACAUGAUCAUCUACAUCCCACAUGUAACUGACCACGAGCGCAUGCCUUUCUACCACCCCAAAGUCCGCGCUCUGGCUAUCCUUUACACCUUCUUCCCUUCUUCUUCUUCUUCUUCUUCUUCCUCCUCAUCAGCAAGCAGCACGCUCAUCCCGCCAAACACGGGCGUUCUAUCAAUCCACUACGACCUCUUCCCCACACUACCCCUAGACAACAGACUCGCGCGCACGGCGCUCAAACUCCUAGACGUCAUACACAAGCACUCGCGCGGCCGGGCGGGCGGCUACACCAAACGCGUGCAUCACGAUCAGGUGAUUGGGCAGAAGAGAUUUCAAGACACGUAUGCGUAUCUCAAGGGCAAGUACGCGAGGGUGUUGAUUGAAGGGUGGGUGGAGCAGACGCCGGCUGAGAAGCAUGUUUUUGAGGAUUUGGGUAUUGCGGCGUUUUUGCACGAGGUGUGGGUGGAUAUGUAUGGGGAGGUUGCAUCCUCAUCAAGAGAAGAUCAAGGAGAAAAGGGAGGAGAAGAGGAUGGGAAUACGACCGAUCCAGACCACCGCAAAACAACCGCCCAAGCCAAGUUCCCUGGCUUCGUAGAUAUCGGCUGUGGAAACGGCCUCCUCGUGCAUAUCCUGAACAACGAAGGUUGGCAUGGCUGGGGUUUCGAUGCCCGAAGGAGGAAAACUUGGGAUACCUUCCCUCCCGCACACACCGCUAAACUACACGAAAUGCUCCUCGUACCCGCGAUCUUACAGUCAUCUUCCUCUCCUUCCUCGACAACAACAGCAGAACCCACCAACCCACCCCACCACAAUGGCAUCUUCCCCCCAUCCACAUUCAUCAUAAGUAACCACGCCGACGAACUCACACCCUGGACCCCGCUCCUCGCCCAUCUAAACACCUCUCCCUUCAUCGCUAUACCAUGUUGUUCGCACGACCUGGCAGGCACCAGGUUCCGCGCGCCUGUGCAUGCGAAACACGUGCUGCAUGAUCCGACGACAGUGGAGUCGAAGAAGAAUAAAGCGCCUUCUGCGUAUGCCAGUUUGUGUAGUUGGUUGUGCCAUUUGACGGAGAAGACGGGGUUUGUGGUGGAGAGGGAGCACUUGAGGAUUCCGAGUACAAGAAAUAUUGCGGUGUUGGGGAGGAGGGUGCGGGAUGAAGAUAGAGGUUGUGCAAGUAUGGAGGAGAGGCUGGUGUUUUUGAGGAAGUUUGUGGAAAAGGAAAUGGGUGGUCAGAGUAUUGCUCAGGUACGCGAAGCGUGGAUGAAGAGUGGUGAUGGGUUACUCAAGCCAGGGAAAGGUGGACAUUGA